AUGACGGAGAUCAACAAGAUCUUCAAAGACGGCAUCGGUCUCGGCGGCAUUUUCCACAGCGCCGUUCAGGUUUAUGGAGAAGACGAAUGGUCAUUUGGGUUCUGUGAACAAGGAACUGGAGUUUUUAGUUGCCCUGUUAGAAAGAACCCAAUGUACACAUAUCGUGAAUGCAUUGUUCUUGGAAAAACAAACUUAUCCAAAUUUAAAGUCAACCAGAUCCUGAGAGAACUUAGCCGAGAGUGGCCUGGAAACUGUUAUGACUUGCUGUCAAAAAACUGCAAUCACUUCUGCAACGAGUUUUGUGAAAGACUCGGUGUCCCUAAACUUCCAGGUUGGGUUAACAGGUUUGCUAAUGCGGGUGACACAGCUGUAGAAAUAGCGGAAACCACAGCUGUUCGGUUCAGACAAGCUAAAACAGAGAUAGUGACAGCUAGCAAAGUGGCAUAUCGGUUUCUUGCUGGAAUCACUUCAAAUAAUAAUAAUAAUGCUCUGGAUUCCCCUGGGAAUAGAAACAACAACAACAACAGCCCUAGAUUUCAACAACCUUCCUGGUUUAAAAACCUUGUGGCUGCUGGAGCAAAACCAUCAACCAGUACUACAACUACACUUGAAAAUGAGAAACCACAACUGCUGCAAAAACAAGAGUCUCAGGUUUAGAAGGACAUUUCUUCCUGCUUGCUUUGUUUGUGUACUAGUUUUACAGACAGGGUAAAUCCUAUCCUAUGUUUGUUCCAUUUAUGUGUGUUUUCUUUUCCCAUUCAUGCACAAAAGGGACUCUAUUUCAUCAUUCUCCUUCUUUCCUUUUCUUUGAUAACUAGAACUCUUAGAUUCGUCGUCUGUGAAGUGCAUAUGUUAUAUAUACUUGAAUUGUGUUGUUGAAGGUUUAUAAUACGAUAUUUGUGCUUCGGUUAAGCUAAGCUCGCUAAGGUCUCAUUUGUUGCAUAGGACAAAACAUAAGAUAUUGUAUUGUUUCAGUUUGUUUGUGACUGAUGUUGAUGGGGGC